AAGCAGAAGCGAUACCAAUGAAUUCAUCCUGUCACUACAAAGUAACACCAAACCUACAAGCAAAAACAAGCUUAUUUCUACAUCUCCACCUCCUCCUCUUUCUCCCUCCAUUCUCAACACUCAACGAUGGCCAAACACUCCGACACACUUCUCAUAAUCUUCACCACCAUCGUCACAACCGCGUCCCUCGCCUCCGCGGACCCCGCAGGCUUCUUGAGCCUCUCCUGCUGCUCCCCAGCUCCCUUCACCGACUCCUCCAACAUCUCAUGGACCCCUGACUCCGCUUACAUCUCCACUGAUCCCAUCAACUCCACUUCCACGACCUCCCUCCGUUUCUUCCCAGGCUCUGACCCCCGGACUCCCAUUUGCUACGGCCUCCCCCUUAACAUUCUCCACAACAACGCCGCUUCGGUCCUCGUCAGGCCUUCCUUUGCCUACAACAACUACGACGGGCUUGACCGGGCCCCGCUGUUCUCUCUCUCCCUCGGGACCGCGACUGCUGCCAGCGUUAACCUCGCCGAGAAUGAUCCCGUCGUUGAAGAGCUUGUGUGGAGGGUCGACGGCAGUAAGAAUACUCUGGCGUUGUGUUUGCAUCCUGUUGAAGGCGGGGGGUCUCCUGUAAUUUCGUCGAUCGAGGUUCGGCCUCUUCCCGAAGGAGCUUAUGGGCUCGUUUCUGAUGAGGAUCGUGGAAAGAGUAGUUUGCUGAGGAAGAGAUACAGGAUUAACUGUGGUUACGUUGGGGGUGCUCCAUUGAGGUAUCCGUUUGAUUAUUAUGAUCGGAUUUGGGACGUCGAUCAGAACUUCUGGCCAACCCGUUUGUCGACGGAGUUUAAAAUUCCAGUACAACUCGAGCUUUCAGGUGUCAAAGAGAGUCCUCCCGUUGAAGUGCUUCAAACUGCACGAGUUCUUGUGAGGAGAGAUACUCUGACUUAUUAUUUUUCUCUGGAAAAGAGUGGGGACUAUUAUGUUGUGCUACAUUUUGCUGGCAUCACACCUGUUUCUCCCACAUUCGAUGUUCUUAUUAAUGAUAAUUCGGUGAGUUCCAAUUACAGUGUUAAGCAUGGAGAAGCGAGUUCGAUUUUAUAUUCAGUGAAGGGCAUAGAUAGCUUGAGGAUUAUGUUUAGAAAUGUUAGCUUCUACCCUCAAGUGAAUGCCAUUGAAAUAUAUGAAGCAAUUGGAAUUCCUUUGGAGUGUUCUACAACUACAGUUUCUGCACUUAAAGUAAUCGAGCAGUCGACUGGCUUUGAUCUUGGAUGGCAAAAUGAUCCUUGCUCCCCCACAGCUUGGAAGCACGUUGGUUGUGAUGGAAAUCUUGUUACAUCAUUGGAACUUGUCAAUAUGGAUUUGAGAGUGAUAAGUCCUACAUUUGGAGAUUUGAUUGACCUUAAGAAAUUAGAUUUGCACAAUACAUCUCUCAGUGGAGAGAUUAUGAAUUUAGGCAGCCUUCAGAAAUUGGAAAUACUGAAUCUUAGCUUCAACAAGUUAACCUCAUUUGGUUCUGAUUUUGAUACUAUGGUCAACCUUCAGAUACUGGAUUUGCAGAACAAUAGUUUAGAAGGAGCAGUUCCAGAAGUUUUGGGAAAUUUAAAGAACCUCCGGUUACUAAAUUUAGAAAACAAUAAACUGCGAGGUGUGCUACCAGAAUCUUUAAACAAGAAAAGCUUGAAAGUGAGAACAUCAGGAAAUUUGUGCCUCUCUUUUUCUCCUUCAACAUGCAACGACGUAGAAGAUCACCCUUCAAUUCAAAUUCCACGUGUCACGGUUUUUAAUGCGACAGAACCUUCUGUUCAAACUCAAAAACACACCAAAAUGAUAAUAGUUGGCGCAGCUGGAGCUGUUUGCUGUGCACUUGUGAUUGUUGGAAUUGUCGUCUGUAUGUACACGAGGAAGAGAAAAAGAGACUAUGGGACAUCUGAUACUCGGGCGGAAAGAGAGAUGAAAAGCAGAAGUGUAGCUCAAGUUUUCACUUAUAAGGAGAUCAAGGCUGCCACAAACAAUUUCAAGGAUAUUAUUGGCAUUGGAGGUUUUGGAUCAAUAUAUCUUGGAAAACUUUCAGAUGGAAAAUUAGUAGCUGUGAAAGUGCGGGUUGACAAAACACAGUUCGGGGCCGAUUCAUUUUUCAACGAGGUUCAGGUUCUAUCUCAAGUUCGACAUCAAAAACUUGUACAGCUGGAAGGAUUUUGUUACGAAUCGAAGCAGCAAAUUCUAGUGUAUGAGUACCUACCUAGUAGAUCAUUGGCUGAUAAUUUACAUGGUUCAGACAGUAAAAAGGCAACACUCAACUGGGCAUGCAGGCUUAAGAUUGCUGUUGAUGCAGCAAAAGGACUUGAUUAUCUACACAAUGGAAGCAAUCCAAGGAUCAUUCAUCGUGACGUAAAGAGCAGCAACAUUCUAUUAGAUUUAGAUAUGAAUGCAAAAGUUGGUGAUUUUGGGCUCUCAAAACAAGUGCCUCAAGCAGAUGCAACUCAUGUAACCACUGCUGUCAAGGGCACUGCUGGUUAUCUGGACCCCGACUAUUAUGCAACGCAUCAGUUAACUGAGAAAAGCGAUGUCUACAGUUUCGGAGUUGUUCUUUUGGAGUUGAUAUGUGGGCGUGAACCCUUAAGCCAUGCUGGGAACCCAGAUUCUUAUAAUUUGGUGUUAUGGGCAAAGCCAUACCUGCAGGCUGGUGCAUUUGAGAUUGUGGAUGAGAGCUUGAAGGGAGGUUUUGACGUCGAGAGCAUGAGAAAGGCGUCGUCUAUUGCUGUAAGAUGCGUGGAGAGAGAUGCCUCAGAGAGGCCAACAAUGGCUGAAGUGCUUGCUGAGCUCAAAGAAGCUUACAGUAUUCACCUCACUUCCCUUUCCUCUGGAGUUGAAACUCUUAGUUGAAACUCUCUCUUCAUUGUCAUAUGCAUGUAUUUAUUAUAUGUUAUGAGAUACUAUCUACAGGUGCCUACGACAGUGCUUUGACUAUUUGUCACAAGAUGUCAAUUGAAAUUCUUGUGCAGAGAGUGAGAGCAAAGAGACAUAUAGAUGGUGUUCUUUGGUGCAA